AACCUGAAGAAAAGAGUGUAAGAGUAGGAAAUCGACAAACCCUACGCUGAAAGAAGAAAAAAUGUCCGGCGUAAAGAGAGCACUGAGGCAGUUCACCUUCGGAACCGGCAAGACCGCCGGUCGCAACUCGGCGGGGCGCAUAACUUCCUUCCACCGCGGCGGCGGAGCCAAGCGCUUGCAACGAACCGUCGAUCACAAACGGAAUACUGCUUCUUCUCUCGGCGUCGUCGAAAGGAUCGAGUACGACCCUAACCGCUCCUCCAAAAUCGCCCUCGUUCGCUGGAUCGAAGGCGUCCAUCACCGUCGCCGCCAAGCCGCCUCCGCCAACGCCGCUUCCCCCAAGCUCCUCCAUCUCGAUCCCGCCGCUACCGAUGCUAACAGCAUUCGCGGCGUUUUCGCUCUCAAUUCGAUGCUGCCGCACGCUCACGCUGGAACAUCCUCCAGAGAGCUUUUUCUGUCUGCGUUGGCGUCCAAGGCCAAGGGAUCGGAAUCGGAAUCGGUUUCAUCGCUCGGAAUUCCGAGGUUCGCUGUUGCGGCCGCGAGGGCUCCGUUCUUCGCGCAGCGUGCGAUAGGGGAGGAGACGUUGGAGGUUCGGCAUUGGAGAAGGAAUAGCGACGCGUGGGCGCAUAGGAACAAACGUAAAGCGGCGAUUUCGUGGCAAAGCAUUGCUCGUUGAGUUGACUGAUGGUGUUCAGAAUUGUAAAACUAAAUGGAGGAAGUGAAAUAACCUUUUGAAUGUGAUUUAAAAUAACAUCAAAUGAAUAAUGAUUAACUUCGGAUGAAUGA